AUGGGUCAGAGUUACUGUUACUGCGCAACUCAUCUUCAAGGCUUCUCUAGGAGAAUAUCUGGCACAGAGAAAGUCCUCAAUAAAUGCACAUUUAGAGAAGAACAGAAAUGCAAGUACCGAUCCCUGAUACAAGGCUACAUCUGCAAACAGACUGACCAAGUGAUCUUAAUUCUUGACACCGUUGAUGCCACUUGGGCAAUGAGGAAGUUAUAUCCAGUUGUAUCUGUGACUAGUGGUUUUGUUGACACCUUUAGCGGUAUAAAUGCCAACACUCCUUGCUCUACUUCCGGGGCUGUAUCUACUUUCUAUUCCAUUGUACCCACCAGGGAAAUCACCAAGGUCUGCUUUGUGGAUCAGACUCCUCAAGUUUUGCGUUUUUUUCUAUUGGGAAACAAAAGUACCUCCAAGCUUCUCUUAGGUGUAUUCUACCAUGAACUCCAGAGCCCCCAUGUUUUCGUAGGAGAAAGUUUCAUUCCUCCCACUCUGGUUCAAUCAACUUCCUCAUUGCUGGAUGAGCCUAUUGGUUCCAACUAUUUCAGCAUCAUGGAUAACCUCUUGUAUGUUGUCCUCCAAGGACGGGAGCCCAUUGAAAUACGCUCAGGUGUUUCCAUUCAUUUGGCCCUCACUGUGAUGUUUUCAAUCCUAGAAGAAGGCUGGGAAAUCAUGAUCCUUGAAAAACUAAUUGACUUCUUACAGGUUGACCAAAACCAAAUCAGACUUAUUCAUGAGAUGCCUGGCAAUGAAGCAACCUUAAAGGCCAUUGCUGACAGUAGAGCAAAGAGAAAGCGCAAUUGCCCAACGGUGACUUGUGCCAGUCAGUAUAGAGUUGGUCAACGUAGACCUCUCAUGAUGGAAACAAGCUCUUAUAGGGUCCCACCGCCAACCACUAUGGAACCUAUCCCAAAAGUGAUGGUCAUUGAAAUUGGGGAUCUGCCAUCAGUAAGGAGCACUGGACUGAUUCCAUCCUUAUCAAGUAACAAAUUACAGAAUUUGGCUCACCAGGUUAUCAUUGCUCAACAGACUGGAGUACUAGAGAAUGUUCUGAAUAUAACUAUUGGGGGGUUGUUGGUGACUCAAUUAAAGGGACUCGUUGGCUAUGGAAAUACAAGCAGCUUUAAAACUGGGAACUUGAUAUAUACUCGGCCCUAUGCUCUUGCAGUCCUAGUUGAGCCUUCAGAUGGAGAAGUGGGAAAAGAACUUGUAGUACAACCACAACUGGUUUUUCUAGAUAAGCAGCCUACUUUCCUUCCACUUGCUAUGAAAGUCCAGAAUUUGAUUAAGGAAUCAGAGAGUGGAGUCCUUGGGCGCCCCCUCAGAGCCUUGGGCCAUUUCUGUUUCCCUGGAAGGGACAUCAGACUCAGUGCUGAAAGGGUGUACUCAGGCAGAAACUCAAGAUGGUUAUGUGAGCUUCUCCAACUUGGCAGUUUUGAUCUCUGGGUCAAAUUGGCACUUUAUUUUUACUGUCAUUUCCCCUCCAGGGGCCAAUUUCACGGCUCGGUCCAGGCCCUUUGCCAUCUUACCUGUGACUAUGUCAGAGAGGUCGACAAUCAUCCUGGCUGCUUCCACGUGCUCAGUGGUCUCAUGGUUGGCUCUGUGCUGUCUGGUGUGCUGUUGGUUUAAGAAAAGCAAAAGCAGAA